GCUUGUUUGUAGUAGCCCGUGUCACCACGCCGCUCGAGCUGUCACCAAUACUGUCCAGAGGUGAAUCAGGGCGGUGUGUGAUAUUACAAUGCUUAGGAUAAAAUGGGAGCUGCUGCUAAUGGCCAUCAUAUGCUGGCAGACAGGCCACGCAGAUAAUGAUGAGUCUAAGAAGAGUCUUGGGCAUGUGACUGUGAUAGUUGUGGGUGGAACAGGUGACUUGGCCAGGAAGUACCUGUGGCAAGGCUUUUUACAGCUCUAUGCUGACCAGGUAGGCAAAGGACACACUUUCUCAUUUUAUGGUGGGGGCCUUUCGCCGACCGAGAAGGGGACACCGCUGCUGUUUGGCAUCUUGAAGGAGCUGGCUUGUCCCCCGGAGCUCUCUACAGAGCGCUGUACUUUGGUCAAAGACCAGUUCCUGCAUCUUUCCAAAUAUCACCAGCUGAAGACUACUGAGGACUAUGAGAAGCUCAGCCAGCAGAUCAAACAGCAGCUUGCACAGGAGAGCAUGGUCGAAGCAGGGAGGCUCUUCUACCUGUCUGUUCCAGCUUUGGCAUACGCAGACAUUGCAGAGAAGAUCAACAACACCUGCCGCCCGCCAUCUGACACAUGGCUCAGGGUGGUACUGGAGAAGCCAUUUGGUCACAACCUUUACAGUGCUCAGGCCCUUGACAAAAAACUGUCAGACCAGCUGAAAGAAAAGGAGAUGUACAGGAUUGACCACUAUUUAGGAAAGCAGGUUGUCUCUAAAAUACUGCCAUUUAGAAAAGAGAACAAGAAAUUUCUGGACCCUAUCUGGAACAAGCACCAUAUUGAAAGAAUAGAAAUUGUAUUGAAGGAAACCCUUGAUGCCAAAGGCCGGAUUCAGUUUUAUGAUCAAUAUGGCGUCCUCAGAGACGUGCUCCAAAACCAUCUCACUGAGGUCAUGACCCUUAUGUUAAUGAACCUUCCAGCAAACCUAUCCAACAGCAAAGAGAUACUACAAAACAAGCUUAAUUUCUUGGCUUCCCUUCAAUACGUAGAUAACAGUAAUGCGGUUGUAGGUCAGUACCAAGCUUACAAUGGAGAGGUGCAGGAAGAGCUAAAUAAAACAAAGGACUACUUCAGCUUGACCCCCACAUUUGCUGGUGUGGUCAUUCAUGUCGACAAUGCACAAUAUGAGGGUAUCCCCAUAUUUAUGACCUCAGGCAAGGCUCUUGAUGAAAGGGUUUCUUAUGCACGUGUUCUUUUCAAAAAUGAUGUCUUUUGCGUCCAGGAUCCCAACAAUGUUCAGUGCAAAUCCAAACAGAUCAUAUUUUACCUGGGUCAUGGAAACUUGCAGUACCCUGCGAUUCUUGUCAGCAAGAACCUGUUUAAGCCUGAAAUGGUAAGCAGCGGUGACUGGAAGGAGGUCACCGAAUACAAAGAUGUAAAUGUUCUGGGGUUACCACUUAGUGACUAUUACAUCCAGUCACCAGUCACACCCAGAGAGGCUUAUUGCGAGCUGAUCUCCCAUGUCUUCUUUGGACGGAAGGAUAGUUUUAUUAGUGCAGAGGGACUCCUUGCUUCCUGGGCAUUUUGGACUCCUCUCCUUGAAGGUUUGAGUCGGGUCUUUCCACGGGUGUAUCCCGGUGGUGCAGCCAAUGGAAACCUGCUGAACUUUCAGCUCCAGGGUUAUCAAAUUGCUUUUAGCCAUGAAGCCGUGGUCAACGUUAUCAACCCUGGUGCUGAGGACAACUUCCAGGUGAUGCAAGGGAAGUACCGUAGUUCAGAAAUGGUAUCUGCCUGGGCUCAGGAACUAGUGGAGCGUUUGGCUUCUGAUCUUCUCCUGGCAGCUGAGGAGGCCAUUCGUGAAGAAGGUCAGUUUCAUUUGGCGUUGUCUGGUGGCUCCAGCCCAGUGGCACUGCUUCGUGCGCUGGCCCUGAACCUCUAUACUUUUCCGUGGCGAAGCACUCACAUAUGGCAAGUAGAUGAGCGUUGUGUGCCACAUACAGAAACGGGCUCCAACUUCCGGUCCAUUCACGAUCUCCUGCUUCAGCAUAUCCGCAUACCCUACUUCAAUAUCCACCCCAUGCCUGUGCAUCUCACCCAACGGUUAUGUGUGGAAGAGGACGGUGGACCAACAUUAUAUGAGAAGGAAAUCAAUAAACAUGUCAACAGCUCCAGUUUCCACUACAUCCUGCUAGGCGUAGGCCAGGAUGGCCACACUGCCUCUUUAUUCCAGGACACCAAAUUGGAAAAUGAUGAGGAACGGUUGGUCAUUCUGACAGAAAGCCCCAUGAAACCACACCAGAGGAUGAGUCUCACAUUCACAGCUAUCAAUAAGGCUCGAAGGGUAGGUGUUUUAAUUAUGGGCAAGAGCAAGCAUGAACUUGUCAGUCAACUCAGUCGAAUUAAGGGUGAAUCAUCCAAGUAUCCCAUCACCAAAGUACAACCGAAGACCGGUACUCUUAUAUGGUACAUUGACUAUGAUGCAUUGUUAGGAUAAAUGGCCUAAAGACCAGUGCAAAUUGCUCAGUGAAGCCACCUGCCAGGGCCUAUAGCUCAAACAGAAUGCUGUAUUGUGAAUGAUUGAAGAGUAUCAAUUGAAGUGUGAUUUUCACACCAAUUGAGGUGUGAUAUGUAUAAGAGUUUUUUAAUGCUGUGAUAAGGAGUUUGCAAUUUGACUGUGCUACGGAAUCACUGCAUUAUAAACAAUUGACCACUUUAAAUCUCAGGAACUUUUAGUACCUUAAAAUAACUUCUUUUCAACAAAUUAAUCUUAUAAUGUCGCUGAAAUACUUAUUUCAUAAGAUCAGAUGGUUUAGAAGUAGUUAAGAAGACAAGUAUGACAAAUGUAAUUCCAUAUCAAGCAUUUUUACCAAAUUUGUGACCAAGCAGUGAUCAGAUAAAACAUAUAUUUGAAUGCUCCCAUAAUCAAAAACCUCAGGUUAAGAAAUAAUGAUAAAACAUGUGCACAAAACUUGCCUAAAAUAGCAUAUCCAAUGUUUUUAGAAUAGAACAAAUGUUAAUUUUAUGGUUUUAUUUUUAGAUUGAAUUGAGAUUCUGUUGUUGGCCUUAUUGAUGAAUCCAUUCCAGAACGUCAUUGUUGACAAUGUAUUGGUGUCAAAGAUUUUUGUCAUACCUCAGAAAACAAAGGUUCAUAAUGUGUUGAGCAGAUGAAAAGACUCAACAAACCUUACAAUAGUUUUAUAUCUAAACUUGAAAGCCUUUGGAAAGUCUGUUUUUAUACCGUGUUGUUUAAAACGUAUCAAGCGUGUGUUAGUCAGCAUUGCAUGCUUUAUGAAACACUGCAGGAGUUGUUUUUGAACAGCUGGACAGCAUUGUCAAUUCAUGACCACCAAUUUAACAUUUUGUAAUGAAGCAAAACAGCAUUACAUUCCACAGGGAUUAAAUCAUUUAAUGUGACAUUAAAAUAAAUGCACACAUAAUAAAAACAUUAUGUGUAUUUACACAAAUAUUCUUGUUUUUAAGGUGCCUAUAAAUACAAAAUGUUUAACAUUUGUGUGGAUUUCAACAAUGUAAGAAGUGCCUUGCUGACUGGUUUAACAUUUGAAUUGACUCUUUAACCUCUUAUGACCCAAGAAAAAGGUUUUAGGAAAAAUAAUAUGUAUUUACAUUGUUUAGAGCAUUAAAAAUAAUCUGUAAAAAAAAAAAAAUUAAAUUAUAUUUUAUCCAUAGGUUAUGCUAAGUAUGCUACUUUAGGACAUCAGGACAAAGGAAUUUCUUUAAAAUAAUUAAAAGACAUGAAUGAACAUGAAUAGGCACAGCAUUGAUUUUGAAUAUCACCAAUACAUUUUAAUUUUUAAAGAUAUUUUUUGUUUACCAAACUUUGUAUAAAGAUCAUUCUCAACUAUGUUAUAACAGUUAUACCGUUUUUUUCUUUCAGCAAAAUGUGUGUAAAAUUCUCAUGGGUUUUCGUAUUAUAUACAAUCUAAUUUACGUAUUAAUGUGUUUUUGGGCCAACAUAUCAUGACAAAAGAAGUGUAAUAAUGGAAGUAACCAGAUUUUCAUAAUAAUAUAUAACAGAAUACUAAAAUAUAAUUUCUUUCCCUAUUCAUUUGUUAUGUCUCCCAAAAUGCAUUAUAGUCCUGGUGUCAAAUGAAGACAUGUAUCAAGUCAACUUCCUUAAUCCCCAUAACAUUUUCCCAGGAGGGUGAUUUAUGACACGCAGUUUAACAAUUAGACAGAUGUAAAUCAUAAUUAUGAAAUAUCACAUUUCUAAAAGAGUUGUGAAGAUCAAGGAGAGGGAGUGAUCGUGGUGAAACAUCCAAUCAUUUGAUAUCUCUGAAAAAAAGCUCUGAAUGUGCUCCUUACAGGACACCCAGACUUAUAAUUGAGGACACAGGGUCUUAAGAGGUUAAAUAAAAUGUAUUGCUUUUCCAUUAUAUGUUUUAAGAAACAUUUGUUACAGUAUUCAGCUGUAUUACAUGGAAUCACAUACAUCAUGUUAUAUUUUGCAGUGGUUUUACUACCUAGCAAUAAAAUAUAUUUUUGAAAUCAA